AUGCCACCAAAGAGAAGAGGACGACCCCGAAUAAACCGUGUCCCAACCCGUGAGGAAGAACAAAGUGAGAAUGCACAUACCCAACAACCAAGCCAAGAAAACAACCCUGAAGGAGAACCCCGUAGAAAUGACAAUGACCCUACAGCAAUUCUACUCGAGUUUCUACGACAACACACUCAGAACCCUCCAUGGAGGCCUGAGCCGAUAGCACCCCCGGAAAGACAGCCUAGCCCUAUUGUCACUUUCAAAUCUUUCAAGACACUGAAUCCCCCUGAAUUUAACCGAACUACUGACCCUGUAGAGGCCCGAGUGUGGCUUAAAGAAAUUGAGAAGUACUUUGAAAUAGUAGGAGUGGAGGAAGAUAAGAAGAUGAUAUUUGUGGGUUUUAUUCUCAGGGGUGAAGCCAAUUACUGGUGGGAAGUAAAGAGAGUAAUGGAAGGCACAACAACAAUACCGUGGGACCGAUUCUCUCAUCUACUCCUUGAAAAGUAUUACCCGAAGCACUUAGAAAAACAGAUGGAGAUUAAGUUUUUGGAACUAAAGCAACGAAACAUGAAAGUGGCAGAAUAUGAGAAUAAAUUUUUGGAGCUUUCUCGAUUUGUACCUCAUUAUGUAGACACGGAAGAAAAGAGAGCAUGGUUAUUCCAACAAGGGCUAAAGACCUGCAUUCAGAAUAGGAUGGCGAUACUAGAGAUUACCAGUUAUGCUACUAUGGUACAAAAGGCAACAAUUGUGGAAAAUGGAACCGAGCUGUACUCUAAAGAUAAAGGUGGAACAAAGAGAAAGUUUUCAGGAGAAGGUGAAGGUAGUGGAAGGAGAUUUGAUGGUAAUAAAGGGAAGAAAGUGUUUGUGAAGAGAGACAACCAGAAGGGUAAUAGUCAAAGGUUUGGGAAUCGAAACAAUCAUGAUGGAGCUAGAUACCGAUCCCCUCAGACUGCCAACAUGAUUCAAGGAAAGACCCCAGUACCCGAAUGUAAGACUUGUGCACGAAGACACGGAGGAGAGUCUAGACAGGAGAAUGUGGUUUGUUAUGUGUGUGGAAAGAAGGGGCAUUAUGCAACUUGA